AUGGGAAAUUGUUUUGGAUUUAGAAGUGAAAAUUCUUUCCUUCUAGAUCAGGAAGUUUAUGAAACGCAUGAUGAACAGGACGAAAGCCCAAGGACAGAGCAUCCAAUGCCUACUUAUCAUAUUAGUCCGGGCCUGCCAGUUCUUGCAUCCGAUUUAACCGAGGAAGAACAAAUACAAAUUGUCAAACGUAUUCACAUGCUUCAAUUCCUUCCCCUAACUAAUUACGUACCAGUAAAUAAAGAAAAACUGAGAGAGUGUAUUAUAUGUAUGAAUGACUUGAAAUUAGGUGAUGAAGUACGCUAUCUACCUUGUUUACACACAUACCAUCGUGUAUGCAUUGAUGAAUGGUUGAUGCGUUCAUUCAGUUGUCCCACAUGUUUAUUAAACUUGGAACCGGAUACUUCAACAACAACAGCUGCUGUUGUAACAGCAAGAGCACAAUCAAUACCUGUAACAGAAAGUCUUCAUCCUCCACCGUCAGUGGUACAAACUUCAAUACCAGAAGGUGUUUCUAACUUGAUUACUUCUUCUGCACCUGGAAGUCAUGCUACAGAGCAGACAUCGAUGAAUGAAUCACAUUUGAAUGUUAAUUGA